UAGUGGUGCUUGAUAGGUGGACCAUGGGGCAGUAAAACAAUGUUUCUUGAAUGAAAUAAUAAAAGAUACUUGAUAUAAAAUACAUACAGUGCACUGUUGUGUAUAUAUUUGUAUCCAGCCUUAAGUGUUUUUUUCUUUAACUCAGACCCAUAUGAGCUCUCUGGGGCUAAAUUAUGAGUGGAGGUAUUUUACUAUCUUUUUGAAAGGCAGGACCGGAAAACGUCCUUUUUCACAGGGUGGUUCGCUUGACAGACUUGCUUUGCUCUCAGCAGCCCGCUCCACUACCACAACAGCUGGGGCAGGAUUUCCGACCCAGGCACAGUGGAGAUCGUGGCAGCUACAAGAGUCGAGAGAUCACGUCCACUCGGAUAAAACUGACUAGAGAAACAGCCUCAAAACUCCUGCUGUAUCUGUUCUUAUUUACCCCCCUCCCAACAGAAACUCCAGCAGAGAGCUGUAUGAGGAGCAGAGGGGGGAAAGGGUGGCAACCAGCGACGGACGGAAGAGGACGCACCACAGCCAGGGCGCACAGUGUUGUGUUUGUUGGAAACAUGCAUGCCAACGAAAACUAGAGCUACCCAGACGUAAGGAAUUGGUGGAGAUAAGGAGACACCGCUUGUUCUUGUUGAUAAUCCCACCGAGGAGAUCCGAGGGGUUUCCUGUAUUGCUCCUGGGAUUUUCUCCUUCUUUGCUCUGAGGGAAUGCGAGGGGAGGAAAUCCAGCCUCAGCUCCAAAUAACCAGAGACUCCUAACUGGGUCUCCUCUCCAAACGCAGGAAAUACGGCCUGGGGGAAAAAAAGUUUGGGAGCUUUUGGAAACGAGAAGGGGGGCCUAUUGGUGACGCUCUGCAUGCGUUUUAAGAACUGUUUUUGAACUAUUUUUCUCUCUCUUUGGCAUUAAGCGCUUCUCCUGCUACCCCAGAAAAAAAAAGCUGGAAAAACGCCUUCAGAUGUUAUCACGCCGUCGGUGUUGUUAUUUGCAAGGAGUUUUGAUCAUCACUAUUUAUAGACCAGCCUGUUACGACCGAGGCUGUUCCUCAUAGCUGUAUGUUUUGCCAACUGCGCGCAACAAGUUGCAGACACUCCCAGCAGAGGCAAACCUACGUUAAUUUGGGUCAGCGGAUGGUAUUUUCUGCUCUUCUCCCCUCUGAUCAUGCGUCUUUGAACACAGCACACCCCUCCCCGAGCCCCUCUUUGGAAGGCAGACGGGGGAAUAAACGGUGGAGAUCCGGAGAGGGAGUUCAGGAAAGGACGGGGCUGGAUCCGUGGGAAUAGGCCUGUCUGUCAGGCCUCUUAUGAUCUGGGUCUUGGACUGGACAGGGCUCCAAAAUAACUCACUCUGGAAUAUUUUUUUGCAAGGGCCCGCUGGAGAAAAGAUGGAAGGAAGAAUGUAUGGGGAUUAGAAAUGCAAAUCCACACUGAGCCAUGCAUGAGAAUGGAUGUAGUGGAAGGUAAAGCUACUUUAAUUACACAUCACCCACUUUUUUAAUCAACAGUUUUCACCCAUGCUCUUGGGCUGCUGUUGUGUUUUUUAAUGCAAAACAUACAGUUUUCUUUUCAUCCAAAUUACUUUUUUAAGGCAGAUAAUUCGCUACUUUUGGUGCUUCAUAAUUACGCAAUUCAUUGUGUCACAUAUUUUCUACCGUGGCACCACUAGCCGUUCACAGGGACAAGAUUUUGUUUUUAAAGCUAAAGGAAAAGGAUGUGAAAAUGGACCAUUUGUUGCGCAUGUUGUGGAGAUAAGAGAGACGGAGUAACUUUUCUAACCAGACACUGCGCACAACGCCAACUGUUGACAGCCUGCAACUGUAUCUGCGUUAUUGGGGAUCAACUUGGGCAUUUAUUUUUCUUUUCUAAGACGGUAUCUGACUCGCUAAAUGUAAUGUCAGCAGUAUCAAAAUAUUGCGCACACCCAGAGGACGUAAUUUCCAGUCAUGCAACGUCAGGGCUGACCUGAUGAAGGCAUGAAAAAAAAACUAACCCGUUGCAUCACUAACCAGUCCUUUUCCGAGAAGGAUGUUCGAUUCGGGAGGCAGAAAGAGUGAUGACAGUGUUUUUACCGCAGCUGGAGAGAAAGCCGGGCUCAUACCCAGAGCCUCUUUGGAGAGGGAUACAUGUAAUGUGAGUACUGACGCAAACCCGGGGUCGGAUAAUGGACUGCUCAAGAAACUGGAACGGCGCGUCUUGUGUGAGUGAGUGCGCAGGCUGCUGUGUGCGUAGCAAAUACGUCUGUGCCGUGCUCACCAUUCAUGCAGUGUGAUUAUUCCAACAAACACCUUUUUGCUCUCUCUCUCUCCGUCUCUGUUCUGCCUGCUUGUCCCUCCAUCACCGCACUCCCCCUCUCUCUCCGUGCCACAUGUGCACACACACGGCGCCCACGCACCUCGUCUAAUUGCCCGAGCGCCGUCAGAAGAUAUUCUUAAUAUUUGACACCUCUCCCGUCUCUCCCCCGCCAGUCAACAUGGCCACUCUGCAACAUCACCGGCAGGUUCUCAUGCACGGCACGGAAGUGAGCUGCGACUCCGGCGCUGAUGGCGCCGUCACCGUGCGGAUUACCAACAGCGCGCCACACGUGCGUCAACAUGAGCCGCCGAGGGCUGCCAGCAGCGGAGCAGCAGGUGGAGGGGCUGUGAAUAAAGUGAACCCUAACCUCCACAAAUACAGCAUCUCCUCCAGCUGCAGCUCAGCAGACUCCAGGCCGGCUGUGACCUCCGCCUUGAGGGUGCACAAGAAGGCGCCACCGCUGUUUGAACGCUCUGCAGCCCAGUGCUGGGACCCAAAGUUUGACUCCCCCAUCCUGGAGGAGGCCUGCCAAGAGAGGUGCUUUCCUCAGACGCAGCGGCGGUUCCGGUAUGUCCUCUUCUACCUGGCAGUGGCAGCUGUACUCUGGGGGGUGUACUUUGGGGUCAACAGUGACCGCUGCAGCCCUGUGGCCUUCCUGGUCCCCACAGCCUCCUUUUUGGUCUUACUCGUGCUCCUCUUUUUGUUCACGUUCACCCACCCAUACACGUGGCUCUACAACCAAACCUCCCUGCUCCUCAUAGCGGUUACCUUUGCCAUCACGUUGGCUCCACAGAUACAGACUGCUGGCUACACUGAGCUGGAGUGGGCUGGUGGUGGGAAUGCAUCAUAUCUAUCACUGAAUAACAGAGCACCACCUCCAACCCCUUGCAUCUCCCCUGUGGGAACCUUUUCCUUGUGCAUGGAGGUUCUGUUGUUGUUGUACAGUGUCCUCCAUGUCCGACUGUAUGCCUCUGUGAUGCUGGGGCUCCUGUAUUCUAUAUUAUUUGAAGCAUUAGGGUGGCUACCGUUGCUUAAAAGGAGUUAUGACACUACUGGACAUGCAUCAGGGUUGGUGGGUUCAGUUUCGGACUGGGAGCAAGACACACUCUGCUGGCUGGGCCCAGCCAAAGCUCUACUCCACUUGUGUGCCCACGUCAUUGGCAUUCACCUGUUCAUCAUGUCGGAGGUGCGUUCCCGCAGCACCUUCCUCAAAGUGGGCCAGGCUAUCAUGCACGGCAAAGACUUGGAGGUGGAGAAGGCCUUGAAGGAGCGUAUGAUCCACUCAGUGAUGCCGCGGCGAGUUGCAGACGAGCUGAUGAAGCAGGGCGAUGACGAGGGUGGCGGGGAGAGCUCUGGUAAGCGAUAUUCCUCUGGUGCCUGCUCUGCCUCAGCCGUCUCCGUGGGUGGUGGAGGAAGUGGUGGAGCUUCCCAAGCCCAAAGUGUCACAAGCCCCAAGAAUAACCCUCACAACAAUCACAAACGCAAAAAGACUUCAAUCCCUCGAGGGCAGAUAAUAUUUAGACCUUUCAACAUGAAACGCAUGGAGCCUGUCAGCAUCCUCUUUGCAGAUAUUGUCGGCUUCACCAAAAUGUCUGCCAAUAAGUCUGCGCCGGCCUUGGUGGGCCUUCUGAAUGACCUGUUUGGGCGUUUCGACCGGCUCUGUGAGCUAACCUGCUGUGAGAAGAUCAGCACUCUGGGAGAUUGCUACUACUGUGUAGCAGGCUGCCCUGAGCCCAGACCGGAUCACGCCUACUGCUGUGUGGAGAUGGGCCUAGGCAUGAUCCAGGCCAUCGAGCAGUUCUGCCAGGAGACCUGUGAGACUGUCAGCAUGCGCGUUGGUGUCCAUACAGGCACCGUCCUGUGUGGGAUCCUGGGAAUGAAGCGCUUUAAGUUUGAUGUGUGGUCAAAUGAUGUCAAUCUGGCUAACCUGAUGGAGCAGCUGGGUGUGGCGGGGAAGGUCCACCUGUCAGAAGCCACGGCCCGAUUCCUGGAUGACCGAUACCAGAGGGAGGACGGACGGGUGGCAGAGAGAGCCGGUCAGAGUGUGGUGGAGAAACUGAAGGGGCUAAAGACCUACCUGAUCUCAGGGAGGAAGCUGGAUCACGAUGUGCAGUGUGGCUGUUCUCAAGUUGGACUUCCAGGUGGGGAUUUUGUGAGUGUCAGCCAGUUCUCCUGCCCUCAGCCCCACACACCGGACCUCAUCCCUGGAGGGGCACAAGCUGAACCCCUGCUGUCCCACCAACCACCAGACAGGACUGGGCCUCCCUGUGUCUUCCAAAGUGUGGUCUUGUCAUCGGUGGGAGAGCAGGGUGAUGAUGUGGCUGUGCUGAACGGCUGCCAAGACGAACACAAGACCGCCAGUGCCAAGUUCAUCCCAGGUCACAGUCCCCGAGCAGCCAACGGCCUCCUGAGUCCUCCGCUGGAGGACCCAGUUCGGGCCAGCCAAAGUUCACUGUGUGACAUGCUCCAGGAGAAAGAGAAGAAGACCAGCACAAGCACAGGAACUGGCACCAGUCUUGGCAUGGCUGGAGGCCCGGGGGCGACAGGUACGGGCAUGGAUCACUCCGCCCUGAUCCAACUGCGUGCCAAGAAUUUCCGACAGAAAAGCGACGCCCACUUUGUGGAUGUUAUCAGGGAGGACAGUCUGAUGAAGGACUACUUUUUCAAGCCACCCAUUAACAAGAUCAGCCUUAACUUUCUAGAGAGACCUCUGGAGAAGGCCUAUCGCACUAGCUACAAGGAGGAGGUGAAAAACCAGGUUCAGGUGCAGACAUUUGCAAGCUCCACCUUCAGCUCCUUCCUGGAUGUUCUCCUCAGCUGUUUUGUCUUCUUAGCGCUGACUCUGGCCUGCUUCCUCCCACCCCUGGUGAGCCCAGCCACUGUGGGCUCUCCGGCUCCUGCUGCCCUGGCCCUGGCUCCCCUGGCCGGUCUGCUGGAGCUGGCCUCCCUGGUGCUCUCCAUACGCAUGGCCUUCUACUUGGAGGAGGUGAUGAACUGCACUCGCUCCCUGCUCCUGGUGGUCUCUGGCUGGAUCUCUCGUCAUGUGAUUGGGGCCGUGUUGGUCUCCCUUCCUGCCAUCUCCGUCUUGUCCCAUCUCACUUGCAGCGUCCACUUGCCCCUCCAGGUGACCAUGUUCCUGUGCUGUGCCACCAUCCUGGCCAUCAUCCAGUACUGCAACUUCUGUCAGCUCAGUUUUUGGAUGCGCUCAGUCCUGGCCACUGCUACAGGAGUCGCUUUGCUGCUGUUGCUCUACAGUCCCUUGCACAGCUCCACUAAUAACAGCCUUCCAGUUCAUGGACUGAACGUCUCCACAUCAAAUGAUGGUGCUUCAGAAUCGGGGCCUGAUCCCCCCCAGCGAAUUUUUGACCUUUUGGUCCCAGAGGCCAUCCUGGCCUUCUUCUUGCUUCUCCUCCUGGUCUGGUUCCUCAACCGUGAGUUUGAGGUCAGCUACCGUCUGCAUUACCAUGGCAACGUGGAGGCUGACAAGCACCGCUCCAAGAUACAGACGAUGCGAGAUCAGGCCGAGUGGUUACUGGGCAACAUCAUCCCCAUCCAUGUCGCUGACCAGCUCAAGGUGACCCAGAGCUACUCCAAGAACCACGACAGUGUGGGUGUGAUCUUUGCCAGUAUUGUGAACUUCAGUGAGUUCUAUGAAGAGAGCUACGAGGGGGGAAAAGAGUGCUACCGCGUCCUGAACGAGCUAAUUGGAGACUUUGAUGAGCUCCUUCGCAAACCUGAAUUUAAAAGUGUGGAAAAAAUCAAGACCAUCGGGGCAACCUACAUGGCAGCAUCGGGGCUGAACGUCCGGCAGAUGGCUGAGAAUGACGAUGACUCUCCGCACGCUCACCUGAGGGCGCUUUUCAACUUUGCCCUCGAGAUGAUGGGCGUCCUGGAUGACUUCAACAAGAAUAUGCUCGGCUUUGGGUUCAAGCUCCGAAUUGGAUUUAACCACGGGCCCCUGACGGCCGGGGUGAUCGGCACCACUAAGCUGCUCUAUGACAUCUGGGGAGACACAGUCAACAUCGCCAGUCGCAUGGACUCCACCGGUGUGGAGUGUCGGGUGCAGGUGAGCGAGGAGAGCCAUGCUGUGCUCAACGGCAUGGGGUUAGAGUUUGACUAUAGAGGUACAGUGAAUGUUAAGGGCAAGGGUCAAAUGAGGACCUUCCUGUAUCCCAGAAGUGGGGAAAGUAUAAGCCAGGAUCGAAUGGAGCUGGCUGCUGCAGUCGGGCCCUCGUCUGUUGCCCAGACAGUGACUCUUCCUCCCUCUUCUUCCACUCCUAAUCCCUCCUCCUCCUCACUUUCUCCACUCCCUCCUCAACCCCAGAAUGCUGCAAGGCCUUCAGGAGCAGCGCCUGAGCCGGUCCCAGCGAAAUCCUCAGAAGCGAAGGAGGAGGGCUAUAGGGACGCUGCAUACCUCCCCACAGACAUUCACACCCUUCCCCUUUCUGAACUUGACCCACAACCCAGUGCUGCAAAAGUGCCCUCCGAGGUGCAGCCUGCUCCUCUCGCACUUCAAGAGGAAGAGGAAGAAGAGGACCCCUGCGAGUUAACAAAACUCAACGAAGAGUUUUACGCUCGUCUCUGAUCCCUCCUCUCCCCUCCUCUUCUGUUCCCUGCUGCCUCCAGCUGCUGACUCUCCAGGACUGAUUGCAAAUGUGGGGCAGGAUGUCCCCUCGUUUUCGUCAAGUGUCUUUAACGUGGAAGAGGGAGUUGGUCACUUAGGCGCAAAUGGUGGCUAUAAAACAGCCUCCAACAUCUUUCAUGGAAGUGUUGCCUCAGUGCUGGGGUGGGUUAGACCUGUGUUGAACACAGCAGUUUAGAAUGGAGAAAAGGCUGAAAAAGGGACACGAGGGAAAAGAGGAUUUGUUGUUGUUUUUGUUUAUGUUUUUUUCCUUUUCAUUUUGUUAUAAAGUGCCUUCAGGACUAGAACAGUGAACAAACAAAGAUGAAUACUGAACAAGUUUUAACAAUCUUAGACUACAGAACAUGCUGUGGUUUCUUACUCCAUGCUUUUACUUUGAAUGCAAGUAUUUCUUAAGAAAAUUAUUAUUGUUGUGCCAUAUCAGUUGUUUUAACUUGAUCAAAGUCUUGACCUUACUUAAGGGAAAAUAAUUUUAGAUUUUAUAUAAGUGCCAGUGCAGCAUGAUGGGCUGAGCAGGAAAACUAUGGGAAGAAUGAGGGAAUCACAUGAAGCAGUGUUAAUUUAUGUAUUCUGCUUUGACACGAGGGCUUUUAAUACAGUAUUCACAUGUGCUCGAGUCUCUCUCUCAAAGGGGACACGCUACAAAGCAGGCUGCAUAGAUUUUACUAGGUGUAGCAGCUAAGUGCACAUUUUAAGCAAAGGUCUUGCACAGUGUUUUCUUUUUUUUCGACCACUUGUAUUUGGUAGUUAUUACCGUUAAAUAGUUUUUUUUUUAAACAGAGUUCUUAAAAUCAAAAGCACAAAUCAGAUUAAUCAGAUAAGGGAAUAUAGAUCUGGAAGAAAGGUGAUUUUUUUUAAAUGUGAGAUCAUCAGAAAAGCAGGAAGGCACUUUAAAUGUACUUAAAGUGAUACCAAAAUCUGUCUUGUGAGUAUGUAACUCUCACCCCUGUCGUCCUGAAAAAUGGGUGUAAAAAUGUUGAACUUUGAUCCUAAAUGGAACUCAGACAGAAACUUCUGUAACCAGUUUUGCAGCACUGCUGUCCUUCUGUACGCUCCAUGGGUUCAGUCAUAUUUUACCGCUGUAUAAGUAAGCACUCCUUUUCAGUGUCAGUAUUUUUACAUGAUAAGAUCUGCUCGUUAUUGGUCACUCCUUUAGAGCUCCCUUGCUGGGGUUUCUGAAAAGCCAAUGUGCUGCUUGCAGGAUCAAACUACAACCUUGCUACACCUUCCUUUUCCUUGUGAUAUUUUAUAUUUUUGUUGUUGAGUAAUGCAAAAAAAAUUGAAUGAACACACCAAAACCAAACAUAUACUAGUCUGACUGAAUAUUUUGCUACCUUGUAGUGGCAGUCCACAACUAAAAUCCAUAAAUACAUCAUUUCAUUUUUUAGAAGAGUGCUGUAGUUUCAUAAAACAGGUGAAUAGUGUAGUAGUUCUGAGACUUUUUAGGCCUUGUUUUCGUAUAGCAGACAGUAGAGUACUAAUUUGAGAAGCACAGAGGAAAAAUAAAGUGACAUCCAAUAAAUGUUUCUUGGUUGUACCUUAACCCCUAGAUGAAUACAAUGCCAGUGAGUAAAAAGUGCUUUUAUUGGGGAUUUUUCCACAUUGGAUUUUUUGGACUCAUGAGCAUUGAUGGCAGAAGAAAGUUUUUGCAGCUCUAAGAAAAAAAGCUUUGGAUAAAUAGGCAAUAUUUGCCUGACGGAUAGAUUAAUUCCUGGUUUUGGUCUUUUCACUUGACACAAAUUUAGAAUAUCACCAGACUCCUUUAAAGACAGUGGAGUGAGAGUAUAAUACUCAGAUGAUUUUGGGUGGAGUAUGACUUUAAGUAGGACUGUGAGGGACAAUCACUGUGUAGUUGAUGGUAGACAAUAGGAUGGUCCACAUGGUGUUUAGUUUCAAUGUCAAAUCACAGAUCAGUCACGGUUUUUACACUACAAACCUCAAAUUUUGUGACGAUCCAUGCGUUGCCUUAACUUGUCAGAAUCAAAAUCAGACAUCAGUCAGUGCAUCAUUGUUAGAUUUCUUCAACAGUUCAGUUGUGUCUGCCUUUUGCUGUGUGAUUUGCCGUUUGAAGGGUUGGGAAUUUUAACUUUGAUCCUUUCUCAGCCUCGUCACUGAGGAGGCCCUCUACUGUAUCAUUAUAAUUGUGCCACUUUAAUUGAGUGAUCUGUAGGUGCAGUGCAGCCUAAACUAGCUGAUUGUUUUGUGGUGCCUAAAAGUCUGACUGUAUUUGUGACUAUUUUGGUUUUCAAAUUUUUUUAUCAUGUUUUGUCAUAAUGAGAAUAGAUUAUGAUUGUAUGUUUGAGGAAAUGAUCCUCACUGUGCAGGUUUUGCUGCAAAUCUCUUUGACAAAUUCCAUCAAUUUUUAUUUUUUUAUUUUUUUGGCUCCUUUCGAGUUCUUUCAUUCUGACAUGAACUAGUAAUCUGGAACAGUGUGGUAGUGUUCCCAUUGAAUUUCUAGCUCUUUACAUCUCUUUGAUCUUUAUUCACUUCAUACUUGUUCUUUUCUCUUGAAAGCACUUGUUUCUCUCUCGGACUUUGUGUGUAUGUGUGUGAGGGAGGUGUAAAGUUUUACUUUGAUGACACCAAAAACCUGCAAAAGCAAGUAAUCUGGGCCGCUGUUUAGCUCUUAUGUUGCUGCUGCAGCCUCAUUUGUGGAGGAAUUACAUUUACAUUGCAUGAGUUGAAAUGGAAAAAUAGAAAAAGACCUGAAAUUUGAAAUCCUGCAAACAUAUCAUCAUCACAUAUUUUAGAAAUUGGUUAACAUUUGGCUUAAAGAAUCUGUUUUUUGAGAAAAUACAGCCAGACAGGAAUGGAUGCAGUGAUGACACGAAAACGGAGGAAUCAUCUUUAUGUAGCCGUCUCCAUCUGUAGCAGUAAAAACAUAUUCGUUUACCUCUGCCACGGUGCACUCUGAAGAUGCACAACCAGUGCCUUUUGAAUUUGGAAUGUUUAAUUAGUGUGUGAGAGCUGUGAUUAUUUGUAUUAGAUGAUAUAACUGCAGUAGCAUAAAUAUCCUGAAAAUCCAAAGAGGUUUCUGCAGAAGCUGUCACUGUAGAUAGUUGCGUGAGAUCUGCUUUGUUGGCCAAAAUCAUUGCUUUUAAAGUAUUUUCUCUUAUUGCAAUCAUGUAGUGUACAUUCUCACACUUGCCAAACCGAAUGAAGCGCAGCGUACAAAGUUAUGGAAACAGAUGAGAAUAUCAGUUUUCAUUUGUGAAGGAAAGUUGUUGCUUUUUUUUAAUUCCGCCACAUUUUCCAGGUUACCCUCCUGCCUUAUGUUGUUAGGAAAUUCUCUGUGAUUUUGCAGGCCAUAGCAGACAGACAGAAACUAGUGGAUCUGAGGUGUAGGCAAAGACUCUGCAAGUUGAUGGGCACACCACCUCUCCAGUAGCACACAUCUGUACACACAUAUAAAUAAAACGUGAACACUGCUGGCUAUGUGAUCUUUGAUGGAGAAGGGGGAGAAAUGUGUGUCCUUGUGAUCGUGUUUGCAUGUGAGCAAUUUUCUUCUUUGCUGGACACAUUUUUAGUUUGAUUCCACACUGUGUUAUCGUCUGUUUUUUUUUUUUUUCUUUCAGCAUCAUGAUUUCUAUGUUUAUGUGGAGCAUAUAUUCCUAACAUGCAGGUGAAAAAUCAAAUCACUAAGCUUUUCUCUUUGAAGGUUGCUUGGAUUUUGUCCAUCUGACAGUGAAUUGGUAGAUGGUGUGUGUUUGACAUGAUUUGUUUCAGUUUUGGCAGAGGCAGCGCACGUCUUUAGAAGGCAGCGCUCCAAAUGGAAAAAAUGCAGUUCAAUGAGGAUACGUUUAUGGCAUUCAGUGAUUUUUCAUUUUUGUUGUUUUGAUUUUAAAGAAGUUUGAUUUUGCUUUGUGAUGGAAAAAUAAGGGAGACACAUAAAGGCACAGAGCGUCAGCACUUGCUAAAAUCACCGUGGAGAAACAGCACUGCCUAAUCACUCAUUUAAAUGGCGACAGCUCUGCGUCUUUUCAUCGUAAUUUGCAAAGAAAUUCGACCCGUAGGUGUUUUUAAUUACACUGGGACAAAACUUCGGCAGUGUUGUUUGAUUUUAAAAAUGUAUUUGUUUUCAUGUUCAUGAAUGAGAUGUAUUAUGUAUGUUUUGUGCACAUUACCCAUGUAUCACUUAUCAACACAUGAUCGUAAUCUGUACACAUUUGCACAAAGCACUCAGUGUUUGUACAUAUGCAGUUAUUUUGUCACAUAUGAUUUUUUUUAAUACAUGUGCAUGUGUCAGAAUUUGUCAGGAAAGAAUGAAAAAGAGACACCUAUUAUCAGAUUGAUUUAAUGUGUGUCUAUUUGCGUGAGUUAUAUGAUUUUAUUCCUCUUUUUUUUUCAGUAUGAGAGAAAUAAAUCUCCAAGCAGAAAACCGUUGAGUGUACUGUGAAGUGGAAAGUAAAGAUGGGUUCAUUUUAAACCAUA